ACAAGGGAAGUACAAGGAGUCCUUCAAAUUCCAAGAAAGCAUGAAGUCUUUAGAAUUCUGCAUCUCCCUUCUUGUUCUUCAGACUCUCUUGACCAUCUCCUGUUCAAUCGAGGCAGUUUCAGCACGCUCCCCUGGGGUUUUCAGAGAAUAUAUUGGAGCUCUAGGAGUAAACGUCACAUUCUCUGAUGUCCCAAUUAAUCCAAAUAUUGAGUUUCACUUCCUCCUCUCGUUUGCUAUAGACUACACAAACACAAAAUCACCCGAACCCACUAAUGGUGAGUUCUUGAUCUAUUGGGACACUGAAAACCUCACCCCUUCUCAUAUUUCUUCAGUCAAGGCCCAGUAUAAAAACGUUAAGGUGGGAAUGAGCCUCGGUGGUGAUACAGUGAAUGGUAAAAAUGCCACCUUUGCUCCUACAUCAAUUGCUUCUUGGGUGAGAAAUGCAAUAUAUUCAAUCACCAAGAUAGCGAAAGAGUAUAACCUGGAUGCAAUAGAUAUAGAUUAUGAACACUUUAAAACAGAUCCAGAUACAUUCGCCGAGUGCAUCGGGCGACUGUUGUACUAUCUUAAACAAAAUAAUGUUGUCUCUUACACAUCGAUAGCACCAUAUGCAGAUGAUUCAGUGCAAGUGUACUAUUUAGCACUCUGGAGAAAGUAUGGUCAUCUAAUAGACUAUGUCAACUUCCAAUUUUAUGCCUAUGAAAAGGGCACAACCAUCCCUCAAUUCCUGCAGUACUUUGAAACACAGAGUUGCAACUAUAAAGGAGGCAAGAUUCUUGUGAGUUUAGGAACUAACAAUAUUGGAGGCUUGUCUCCUGAACAUGGAUUCUUUGAUGCAUGCACCAUACUAAAGAGGCAGGGAAAACUUAAUGGUAUCUUUAUUUGGUCUGCAGAUGACUCUAUGGAAGAUCAUUUCCGAUACGAAAAGCUGUCACAGGACCUCUUAGCAAGUGCAAUUUAAAUAUCUUGCAACCAUUUAAGACAAUCUUUUGUUGGACAAAAGAUAAAAAUUGGAAUGGAAGAAUGUUAUUUUUCACUUUGGAGGCUUCUCUAGGAAAUAAGAUAUGUUUGAGGUA